UACAAAUAGGCUGCUCAAUCAGGACAGCUGGAGCAGCUACUCAGUACAUUUGACACUUCAGUCAGUUCAUAAACUUGAAACAGUGUAGUAAAUGAAGACGGAGACUGUGUGUGAAUGCCAAAAAAUGGGCGAGAUAUAAGUGAAAAUGCAAAAGGAUAAAAUUAUAUUACUACUUGCAGCGAAAAAAUCGAAAAUUUCAUAACUUGUCGAUUAACGUGAAGAAUCAGUGUUAUCUAUUCACUAGCCAAAGUAUAAUAGCCAUUAAAAAAACAAAAGUGUAGUGGACAACGUGUAGGCACAUGUAAACGUAUCGCUGUGAACGUGUGUUUGUGCUCGUGUGCGUGCGUAAAUUCACAACAUAGAAUAAAUCACUAAGUGUCAAAGGUCAAUUGGAUGCGGAAAAUUUAUAGAUAUGCUGCGUUUCGGCAAUCAUUUGGGAAUGUGAAACAAAGUAAACUACUUGUAUUAGCAAAGUGCCUCGACGCCUAAAGGCACGCAAUCUUUGAAAGAUAAGCGUAAAUGAAAAUCUCAGUUAUUCUUACUUUUUUUGUUUUUGUGAUAUUGUUGUACUAUCCAAGCAUGCACAUGAUCGCUAAUAAUACGAGGAAAGACGUGUAAGAACCGUUAUUAUCUUGCUGUGUGCGUGUUGCCAUUAACAAGGCAGCAUAAAGCACAUAAACUGUGUGUGUAGUACAAAGCAGGAAAAAAGAUCUCGACAAGUCUACACUGCAUCAAGGAAAAACGUUUUGUAAUCGUAGUAAAGAAAAUAGUUAGAAAACGCUGCUAAACCUUUUAUACACAUCACACACGGCGACGUGAGUCGGAAAGUAGAGUGAGCAAAGAUAGUAAAGAAGAAAAUAUAUAUAUGUAUAUAUAUUUAAAAGCAUUCAAAGAGUUUAUAUAACAUUUGAAUAACGGUGAAAGCGGAAUGAAAGCUAUAAAAGCAUUAUGCGUUAAAGAAACACAUUUAAAUGAGUAAAUUGAACAGCAUAAUGUUAUAUUCAAAUGUAGGGAAACAUUUGAAAUUACAUGUUCGAAAGCAAAAGUAUUACGAAAGUUUGCCGUUAAACUGUCUGCAGAAAAUCGUAACGAACCUUAUCAUAUACCAUACUCGUAUAGCUAAAGAUAUAUAAAUUUAAGUACAAUAGAAAAACUGAAUAUUUAAAUUUUUAAUAAGGCUACAAAUUAUACAUAUAGAUAAUAGAUAUAUUAAUAUUGUAAAUGGACAUUGAAGUUGUUCGUUAGCUCGACGUCGGUCCAGUUUAAUAUUUAUAAGAGGCCUAAACAUGUCCCGAAAAUACAAACCUUCUUAUAAUUUUAUUAAGUUUAAUUGAUUCGGCAUUAAAUACUAAAUAUGAAUAUGUAUAAAAGAUUUUUUUCAAAUACGGUAUGGGGACGAAACUUAUCUAUCCUACAUAUAGGGCAUAUUUUAUAUCAAAAAUCAAUUAAAUUUUAACUGAGGGGAGACAUACGACAGUAAAGAAACUGCACUUUUUUUUUAAUAUUAAAAUCGCUCAGUUAAAAUCGAUCAGUUGAUAUAGAAAUACGAAAGCUUGGAUCGAUAUCAUAGCUUGUGUUUACUUAUUUUUAUACCUUGUUGGAUGCUCCAAAAAUUACAAAGCAACUUGUAACCCCGUAGGUGCCCGAAACGUGUAGGUACAAUUAGCUAGAUGAGAAAUAAUAUUCCUUUUUUAUGUAAUCGUGACGCUUAUCGAAAACAAUAUUGUAAUAUUUUCCAUCUGCCUGAAAAGGCGAAAAUGUUGCUCCUACGCUCAUAUAGGACAUGUUCCAUGUGAAAUAAAAAAUAAUUAUGAGCAGAUAGUUUUAUAGACCCUCACAUAUAGUUAUGGAAAUUUUUGCCAAUUAUAUGGCUUAAAAAAUGCCAUUCAGGCACAAUCAAAGAAGCGCGAAAGCAGAAUGAAAUAAUUUGCAAAAUUUUUCAGAAAAUCGCAAGCCAAGCAACAUAGCGUGUGCCUUUAUAUGAAAAUAUAAUAUAUACAACAGCUUAUACAAUGCAUGUAAAAAUAGCAACAACUAAGCUGCGCUCAAGGCCAUGUAAUCUUAUGUAAAUUGUUUAUUUACAUGCGAGCGAGAUUGGUUUGGCGGCAGAUGCCGUGUAAUAGCAAAUGCUAUGCGUUCGAGAAAAUUAGCUUGCACGUAUGUGUGAACUUGUAUUGCGAAAGCAUUUAAGGAAAUGGAAAUUUUUGCUGGCUCACAAACAGACAUAUGAACAUAUUUGUAAUAAUUUCCGUUGAAAUAAUUAUUUGCAUACACGUGCAUCAUGGCAAUAAAAAGCUGGGACAAAAACUAAUUAUUUAUCCUCUCUGGUCUCAAAAACGGCUUUUCGCUUGAAAGCACAUUCUAACCAGUACAAAGUCAGACAUUUUUUUACAAAAGUAAAUUUAAGAAUUAUAUAAUAUGUAUUUAUAUUAAUUAAUGAUCAGCAUGAUGUUCUGAGUUAAUUUAGCCAUGUCCAUCGUCCCAGUUUUUGAGAUAUCGCUCUGAAGCAUGUAUUAUUGUCCAAGGCAACGGUGUAUUCUCCGAAGAAAUAGUUCUGAUCACACUAUAGCAUGUAGCAGCCAUACAAACGAUCAAAAUUAAGCUCUUGUAAGGAAUAUUUUGUAUUUUCGAAGAUUGUAUAAGUUUGGUUUAACCGGAGUUAACGUUGUUCUUGUUUUUUUUUUCUUGGAAAAGCUUUAAUGCAAGCUUAUAAUACUCCAGUAGUAGUCCAGUAAUGGUCAUCAAAUUAAUCAUUUGUUUUCAUGUGGAAUUUCAUAUUUUCUCAGCAAAGAAAAAAAGACUAGCUGCCAAUCAAAUAUAUGGAAACAGACUCAUUUCGGUCAUUCUAAAAACUAGUACAAAGUAUUUUUUCAAAGCACCGAAAUUAGCGGCUGAACUAGAACGUGACGCAUCCUGUAGUUUCAACAAAUAUUAAAGAGGUCUUAAUUGCGGCGUAAUUAGCGUCUUUUAUGGAGAUUGACCCCAAUACGGAUUUAGUAUUGAGUAAAGAACAUUCAUUCGAUACUAAAAAUAAUUGUUUUGAAUGAUUGGUUCGGUGUUAGGGUAGAGUACGAAUACUCAUGUAAAAAGGUAAUGCGUAGCAAACGAAACAGAAGCAAUAUGGUCAAUAAAAAAUUCAGGGUACACAAAUAAUGAUGGUUUAGAAUUAUUAAAUUGUAAAUCAAAAAGGAUUAGUAAAGAGAACAGUAAGAAAAGAGCACAGUUGAUACAGUAGCCAAAAACCUAUGUUUGGAUAGUACUUCAAAGUUCUCUGAAAAACACAUUAUGAAUUCUAUAUAAUAGAAUUAUAACAUAAUGAUGCAAAUUGAAAACAGCGCUGAAGAGUGAAACGAAAAAGUAUUACCAAACCCACUUUAAAAGGCUUUGGUGACAUUAUUAUCCAUGUGUAAAUAACAUCAAACAUGUAUUGCAAACCAACGACUAAUUAAAAAAUACAAUAGCUGGCUUAUAUAUUAUACAAAGUUUAUUUAAUAAUAGUUACAUAAAUGCUAUUCUUAAAAAAGAAAUAAAAAAUAUGUGUGAUAACUGAUAAAUAAAUAUUAACAAAAUUGAACCAUCAGUGAGUGGUCACCUAAAGCAGGAAUAAAUAUUAAUCGUACAUGCAGACCAUAUUUGAAGAAACGUGGAUUGCAUAAUUUGAAUUCUCUCAACUUUUCCGCUCUUGCUCCCACAACAGCUGUAAGUGUUACGGCCUCAGAAUGAAUAUCGAGCAGCUUUUGUAUGGCUUCAUUCUUCUAAUCGCGGAUUUUCAUCGAAUCUCCUGCCUCUUUGUUACUGACAUCAAUGUUCCGGAAAUUGUUGAUUUUCGCGAUAAUGUCACGUUAUCCUGCAGUUAUGAUAUGAGCGGACAUACAUUGAAUUCCGUGAAAUGGUAUAAGGAUAAACUGGAAUUUUUCAGAUACUCACCAAUGAUGCAUCCGGUAUAUAUGAAAUUUCCCGUCGCUGGCGUUCAAGUGCAAGAUGGCAAGUACUUCUGCAACGAAUCGACGUGUCGGGUGGAUUUAAGUUUAGUCGGCGCAAAAUCAACGGGCACAUACGAAUGUGAGGUAUCUGGUGAUGCCCCACACUUUAAGUUGGCGGCAAAAGGGGACAACAUGACCGUAGCAGCGCUGCCUCAGAGUGACCCGCUGAUCGACAGCUUCAAUUCAAUGUACCGCAUGGAAGAACUACUGAGCGCCACUUGCACCUCGGACUACUCAAGUUUGCCCACGCGACUGACAUGGUUUAUCAACGCCGAACAGGCUUCACUAGGUGAACUUCAACCCAGCAUUGACACCAGCAUUCCGGCGCACGAUUACGUCCUGCGACGCCAAAAGCUUCAGGUGCGCUUUUAUUUGAGCGGUCCACGCUUCUAUCAUGCUGGAAAAAGUCUGGAAUUGAAGUGCGUGGCGGAAAUUGAAAAUUUCCCGGAACUGAAGCGUGAAACGUCAUUGACUGCGGCAAUCACACACUACGACAAUUUGAACAAUCAGAUGCUGAUACAUGCCGGUAGUGGAGCGAGUGGUGCUACGACCGGCAUUCAUCAACACAUCUCUUUUAGCAAAAAUGUACCCGUUUUGUUUGCGAUAUGUUUACUCUUCAUUAAGAUGCUGCUUUCUUUAUGAUCUGCCUGCGAUAUAUUUGCAACCAACAAACCACAGAAAAUCACCAAGAGACGGCAAAUGGAAUUAGCGAAGCCAACAACAACUGUUUUAAUUUGGCAACAGAGCCAAGCAUCGACGAGAGUAACCAUGACUGCGUCCACUAUAUCACAUUAGUUAGUUAGAUGUAACCAAUUAUGAUGUAAAUACAAUGAAAAAA